AUGAUGGACCCGGCCACCGCCUACCUGCUCGACGAGCUCACCGAUGACUGCCGCAGCGAGUACCGCAACCUCAUGGCCUCGGCCGUGCGCGGCGACUUCGAAACCUGCGGCCUGUACGCGGACCAGCUGAAGCGGCACUGUGCCGAGCAGUUCAAGGAGGGGGUCCUCGGGCUGGAGCACCUCGCCGCCGUGGACGGGCUCUGCGAGAUCGUCGCCCGCGGCAUGGGCACGGCGGAGGGGCCGCGCAGGUACCACAUCAACCUGUCCGUGUUCACCUCGCUGCCGGACAUGUGGGCCAUCGAGCAGCUCUUCCCCAUCAUCCCCAUCCAGCGCCUCCAGGAGCGGCCCGCCGUGGACGGCGUCCUCUCGGACCUGACCUGCGACAGCGACGGCAAGGUGGACCAGUUCAUCGGUGGCAGGAGCAGCCUCCCCCUGCGGUCAAAUUUCGUGUUUUUGACCCUUUUUGCAAACAAAAUCGGGAUCUGA